AUGGGGCCGAAGAAGGGUAAAGGCAAGAAGGAGAAGAAGGAGAAGAAGGGAAAAGGUGGCGCCAGUAAGAAAGGAGCGGCUGAAGUAAACGACGCCGAGCGAGAGAAUGAGGCUGAGCGGCUGGAGUUGAUAAAGCAGGCGAAGGCUCUGCUGGAGCUCACUCGAAAGGAGGAGCAGGCAUUCAACGAGUUCCAACAGCAGCGAGAGAAGAUCAACUACUUUUGGAUCGUGGAGAAGAAGAACUUUGAGGAUCGAAAGGCCGAACUGCGUAACAAAGAGCGAGAAAGACAGGAUCUGGAGGAGAAGCACCAGGUCGAGAUCAAGGUCUACAAGCAGCGUGUGAAGCAUUUGCUGUACGAACAUCAGAAUGAAAUCACGAAGCUCAAGAAAGAAAUGGAGCAAUCGUUGAAGCUGUCCCAAGACGAUUAUCGCGGUAACGAGCGUGAGUUGAAGACGGAUAAACGUCGGCUGAAGUUCGACUUGAAAGAGAUCGAGCUGUCACAUCAGGACUAUCUCAAGUCACUCAAACAGGAGCAAGAUCGACGUAUCACGAUAUUACGUCAAGAGUUCGAGCGACAUGCUAAGGAGCUUCAGCAGAAGUAUGAACGUAAACGCAAGGCCUUCCGCGACGACCUGGAAGCUCGUCGUAAGCAAGACACACAGAAGAUCGAAGAGCGGAAAAAUCUGCAUAUCGCGCAGCUCAUGACAGCUCACGAGAAAGCCUUUGGAGAGAUCAAGAACUAUUACAACGAUAUCACUCACAACAAUCUCGAUUUGAUAAAGUCACUUAAAGAAGAGGUGAGCGAGAUGAAGAAGAAAGAAGCACAAGACGAAAAGCUUAUGUUCGAGAUCUCCCAGGAGAACAAGCGCAUGUCGGAGCCUUUGAAGCGAGCUCUGCUGGACGUGGAGAAGCUUAGGAAGAAUAUCUGCGUGUACCAGGAAGAGAAGGUGGAGCUGCGUACCGCGAAGGCCCAGUUGUUGGUGCUUGAACAGGAAUACGCCACACUUUCGUGGGAGUUCGAAGUGCUGCAGCAGCGCGCAGCACAAGUAUCUCGAGAACUGGAGGAGCUCACGACCCAGUUCCACAGCAGCAUCUACGAUGUACAACAGAAGGCUGGUCUCAAGAACUUGCUACUCGAGAAAAAGAUGGGUGCGCUGACGCUUCAACUCGAACAAAAGGAUGCCGAGCUCAACGAGGUUCUGCUUCAUGCCAAGCUGGACCCAGCUAUAGUAGAUCGCGUUAAAGGCCGACUUGAGGACAUCAUGGCCAAUAAGGCUGAAGAUCUGCGUGAACUGGAAACGGAAAUGGCCCAAGUCACGAAGUUACAGCAGGAACUUGCCAUAGCCAUGCAGCUCAAGAUGAGCGAGUACGGCCUUCCGAUGGAUGAGCUGGGCUUCAUUCCCCAGACUCGAUCCACUGUCGGGUCCUCGAAGAACAGCAGCAAUAACCAGAGUUAUAGUGACGAGGUGGUUCCAUCGCCUAGUGCUUCGACCAAGGAGCAGCAGAUGGCACAGAAACGAGCGAAAGCUACUAUGGCCAAGUCUUUCACCGACCCAGCCAAAGCUCAGUAGAUCUCUUCUACCAGGCGAGUUAAACAACACGUACCAUACUCUUGAUUCAACUUUGAACAGACCUCCUCGGACCACACUGCUGUCAUCAAGGGUUAACCCAGUCGCGUAGGGAGUACCAGGUAGCACAGCUUGGCUACGCGUUCAUCUAAAUAGUCCAAUUUGAUCGCCAUGUCGCGCUCAAACCUCG